UUCACCCGGCAAUCGGCAUUUUGGAGACUAACUUUAAUUCAAAAUUUUAUAUACUGCUACUAAAGUUUAAUCAGCAGUUAUUGGAGAGAAUAGAACAGAUAAGCCAUGAAUUCUCUCUGAUUGUCUUUAUUUCACAAAAACGACUACAAAGAAGGGGGGAAAUGUUGCACGAGCUUUUACUAGCACUUGUUGGUUACACAGGAGAUCUAAUAAUCGACGAGCGAGAACAUCAUAAAUCUCUCGGCAUUUGCUUAUCUCCCGACGCUCCCAUCUCCGAACAACGUUCCUUCAAGCUUGCUUCCGACAUUUCCUUCAUCGACCCCAGUGAAAGGGAUCUUAUCGAGAAGCUAAUUACGUUAGGGUUUUACUACCGAGAGCUCGAUCGCUUUGCCACGAAAUCCCGGAAUCUAAGCUGGAUAAGAGCGGCUGAUGUUUCUCCUUUGGACAGAGCCUCUGAGUUGUCAAAUCCUAAAAGCGGGAAGCCAAGCGUUUAUCGAAGAGCCAUUGCUAAUGGCCUGGUGGAGAUACUCUCUGUCUACAAGUCUGCUGUUCUUCAACUCGAGCAGAAAUUGUUGUCGGAAACCAUGCCAAUUUUGGCAACUGUCACUCAGGGCCUCAAUAAGUUCUUUGUUAUAUUGCCGCCUUUGUACGAGCUUAUUCUAGAGAUUGAGCGUGAUGAUAUACGUGGAGGACAGCUUCUUAACCUUUUACACAAACGCUGCCACUGUGGGGUGCCUGAAUUGCAGGCCUGCAUUCAAAGGCUUCUUUGGCAUGGUCAUCAAGUGUUGUAUAACCAACUUUCAUCAUGGAUGAUUUAUGGAAUUCUACAAGACCAGCAUGGAGAAUUUUUCAUUAGAAGGCAAGAAGAUCGGGAUGUGGAGUAUGGCUUAUCUAUCUCGGAUACAUCAGAAAAAUUGGCUCGCUUGUCAACUGUGGAUACAUCUUUAACUGAUUGGCACUUGGGCUUUCAUAUAUUUCUGGAUAUGCUCCCCGAGUAUAUCCAUAUGCGUGUAGCAGAGUCUAUUCUUUUUGCUGGUAAAGCCAUCAGGGUUCUCCGGAACCCAAGCCCUGCAAUCCAAUUUCAGGAUGCUCUGUCUAAUCAGCAGACAAAAAAAGGCUCUCAAAAGUUUCAUGGAUCAGCUGUGGGUGUUCCUUUCCAGAAGGAGGUUUUCUUGGAUGUAAAAACGAUUGAAGAAGAAUUGCUCCCACAAUCAGUGGCUGAUAAGAUUGAAACUAUGCUUCUAGAUCUAAAGGAAUCAUCAGAAUUUCACAAAAGAUCAUUUGAAUGCUCAGUUGACUCUAUCCGGGCUAUCGCAGCUAGUCAUCUUUGGCAGCUUGUGGUUGUGCGUGCUGACUUGAAUGGCCACUUAAAAGCUCUAAAGGACUAUUUUCUUUUGGCAAAGGGAGACUUUUUCCAGUGCUUCCUUGAGGAGAGCCGACAGUUAAUGCGCCUACCGCCUCGCCAGUCAACUGCUGAAGCUGAUCUUAUGGUUCCAUUUCAGUUGGCAGCCAUAAAGACCAUUGGGGAGGAAGACAAGUACUUUUCUAGAGUAUCUUUGCAGAUGCCUUCAUUUGGGAUCACAGUGAAAUCCUCUCAAAGAGAUAUACCGAAGACAAAAGCAUACACUGAUGGAAGUUCAGAGACCUCAGUUGGUGGUUGGGAUGGUAUUGCACUUGAAUAUUCUGUUGAUUGGCCCUUACAGCUUUUCUUUACCCAAGAAGUGCUCUCCAAGUAUCGUAGAAUUUUCCAAUACCUGCUGAGGCUUAAGCGAACACAAAUGGAAUUGGAAAAAUCCUGGGCCUCUGUUAUGCAUCAGGAGCACACAUAUUUUGCCAAACACCGCAAGGACCAGAUGAACUGCUCAAUAUCUCAGCCACCGCAGCAGUGUUUUAGACCAAUGUGGCGUGUUAGAGAGCAUAUGGCAUUUUUAAUCAGAAAUCUUCAAUUUUAUAUUCAGGUUGAUGUGAUAGAAUCUCAAUGGAAUGUUUUGCAAUCUCAUAUUCAAGAUUCUCGUGACUUCACUGAACUUGUGGGUUUCCAUCAAGAGUAUUUGUCAGCUUUAAUCUCUCAGUCAUUCUUGGACAUUGGCUCUGUGUCAAGGAUAUUGGACAGCAUCAUGACUCUUUGCCUGCAGUUUUGCUGGAACAUUGAGAACCAAGAAAGUAGUCAAAAUACAUCUGAACUAGAGCGUAUAACUGAGGAAUUUAACAAGAAAUCCAACUCCUUAUACACUAUAUUGCGCAGUAGCAGGCUUGCUGGGAGUCAGCGAGCUCCAUUUCUUAGACGUUUCCUUUUGCGAAUGAAUUUUAAUUCAUUCUUUGAGGCAACUGCAAGGGGUGUGCUGAAUGUUGUUAGGCCACGCCCAUCUCUUCCUGUGUUAAAUCAGCAAUAGCAAAUUGAAGGUAUGAAAUCUCUGAUGUAGUUUGUCCUGGUUCAGUGUUCACGUGCAUUUGGUUGACUGGAGAAAAUAGUGCUUUACUAUACCCACUCUGGUUUCAACUUUCUGAAUUCCCAUUAACCUUCUCAAUCAGUUGUUGAUUAUAAGGUAUGUGCCUACUACCUGUCGACAAUUGAGUAAACCAUCUCUUGAGAUUGAAAAUUGAGAUAAUAUUGUUGUGGGGUAGUUGGCUCGAGGUUGAGGGUGAAGUUAAUUGUAUACUAUUAUUAUCAGGUCGGUGAGUAAUAGGCCAGUAGAAAGCUAGAGUGUUGGUGAGUCGAUUGGACUUCUCUUCUGUAUGACAUUUGGCAUUGGCAGUUAGUUUCUUUUCUUUUGCGUGUCAUUCAGCAGCCUUGACGCUGGCGUACAUACAAAUGAAUCACAGUGCUUAAACUAAAAAAAAUCUAUUUUGAUUUUUCUUUCAAGUAUAGAAAAUUAUAUUUACGUGGAA